AGCAAGAGUUCUUAUCCCAUAAUGCAUCAGCCAGCCUGUGAGUGUUGGAACAGUUAGUUUACCUGCUUGUACUGAGGAAAAAUGUACUAUUUCUGUAGUUGAAUUUCGAAUUGUGUGUGCUAGACUAUAGGUCUACAGUCUUGAAGAGACGUAUCGAAAACUGCCCGCUGCAUGACUAAAUUCCAAAGCAGCUAGCCAUUUUGAUGGUGCUGUCACAAAACGUUUGCAAUGCGGGACUAGAAGAUUUCUGGAGACAAAAUGCUAGCCACACAAACCCUAGAUACGGGGCCAGAGGUGAAAGAUGUCAAACUGUGCAUCAAAGAGAAGUUGGCGCUGGCACUCAAGGUUCUGCAGAAGCGUUAUGUGACGACCGAUGCUAUGGUGACCAGCGAGGACGGGGACGCCAACCUCCUGUGCUGUACCCUUGAGGCUGUCUUCAUCCACGGGAUCAAGAGCAAGUAUAUCCGCUAUGAGGCUGGGGGCCGCAACCGAAAAGAAGGCUCCCGGGGACCGCUACCUCAGCCGGUCUUCUGGAGUUUGCUCAAGAGCGUCACUCAUCGUGACGUGAUUACAGAGGUGGAGAAGCUGUGCUUCGUGGGCACUGACGUGGGCCGUUGCCGAGCUUGGGUACGGCUAGCCCUCAACCAUGGCCUGGUGGAAUGUUACUUGGCUGCGUUGUUCCGUGAGGGCUCCAAGCUGCAGGGCCACUAUCAACCCAACGCUCUGCUUUUGAACCCAGAAGAGCGUGAGGUGCUGCUCAGCUACCUCCAGGGCCUGGGAUCCCUCACCUUUAACCUGUCCUACAAGUCUUCUGUGCUGAACGAGUGGACCACCACCCCGCUGGUUCUUUCUGGCCUUUGCCCUGCCUCCCAAGGUGAAACCGUUGACCUUUUCCUCAAUGGGGCCAGUGGCUCCUCCUACUCUAAGUGCAAGGAGUCCUGGGAUACAGCGUCCCAGUCGUCCUGUGGGUCGGACACAGUAGAGGUGCAGCAAGUGGGGUUGGGAGCAGUGAUGGGGAGGGGGAUGGGUGCAGUAGUGGGAGGACGGUCCCCCCUGAACUCAUCCAAUUUGAGCCUGGACACUACAGGUUCAUCUCAACUCUCUUCCAGCCUGAGCUCUGACAGCCUGCUGCAGGGUCAUGACCCCAGGAGCUCAGACAAGGAGCCCUGGCCAUGUGACCUUGAGAUAUCCUCGAUUUUAGAACACAACACCAAGAGGCCUUUUAUAGAAAAGAGUGGCCACUCCAGUCAAGACUCCAUGCGUGAAGAUUCAUACGUCUCCAGCUCUGGUACCAACCUCUUCUCUGAGACAACCGCCAUCAGUGGCUCCGACAGUGAGACCCAGGGCCAUGCUGCACUUUGCCCCGACAGUGAGACCCAGGGCCAUGCUGCACUUUGCCCCGACAGUGAGACCCAGGGCCAUGCUGCACUUUGCCCAGACCUCUCUGACCUUCAACUUGAGACCCGAGACCAGGAGUCGCCGCCAACAGAGAUAUUUGUGCCCUCAGCAAUAAAACCCUCCCUCAUCGGGCCUGUAGGAAAAGUUAAGACGCCUGACCUUGCGAUUGCUGAGACUCCUCAAAUAAGGAAUAAUGGACAAGAGAAGAAGGCGGAGAAUUCCUCAUUGAGUGUCUCAGAGCCUUCAGGCAAAAUGGAUCUAUGGCGAUCUGCUUGCAUGCAUAGCCGGAAAAUGUCUGCAGACUUUCUCUCUCAUUCCUACUCCUGGAUAUCUGAGGAUGACAUCUACAAGCCUCACCUGGAUAUACUGUCUGACCAUGCCGAGUUGCAUGCUUUGGCCCCUGCUCAUGUAAACUGCUCAACCUCACCCCCUCUUGAGCCCAAGGCCCCCCAGUCACCCCCCAGCGUGAUUCACCGAAGACAAAUAGGCUUGUCAAACCCUUUCCGAGGUUUGCUAAAACUGGGCCACCUUGAGCGUCGCGGCGCUGUGGGAAUGUGGCGUGACCACUAUUGUGAGCUCUCGCCUUUUGAGUUCCGCCUCUACCUCAACGCAGAGGAGCGCACCUGCUGCGAUAACUGCUCCUUACUCCGCUGUGAGGACACUCGCAUCACCUCUUCUGAGGGCCGGUUUGAGCUCACCUUUCCCGGGAAGAGACUGUACCUCCGGGCAGCCAAUCAAGAUGAGGCAGAGGACUGGGUGGACCGCAUCAUUGAAGCCGUCAACAAGUGCCGCCCUCUACCCCGUUCUGAUGACCUAUGGGAAGUUCUGCAGCCAACCUCCAGACAAGAUGAGCCUCCAUGCUCCUUGCUGUCAUCCACUUCCUCUGUCCCUUCCAGCCCAGAACGAAUGGGAACAGCCGUUGAGCUGUUAGAUGCUGGGGGGGAGAAACCAGUGUUUGAACUGGACUGGACAAGGCCCACUGACUUGGAAUCAGACUCCAUCAAGGAGGCAGUGCUGUACCUUUCCACCGAUCCCGAGGUUCGCACCUGGGUCCCCCUGGUCUUCUCUCUUUCCUUAGAAACCCUAAAAGGCUUCAAUGUUCAGGAAGAGAGGAAGGUGCCGCUCAUGUCUCAGCCCAUCAAGGAAAUCCGAGACAUAGUUCCUGAUGUUUCUCUUGGAGGGCCUGCAUUUUUUAAAAUCCUAACCACCAAAGAGACCCUCAAGUUGAGGGCUGAGACUCCCGAAGAUGCGCGUUCAUGGAGGACUCUCAUCAGGGGUGCUCUGGAUUCUUACCUGGAGAGUGGGGAGGAUGGGGUGGCAGAGGAACCAGGCAUGCCCUCAAGCAUAGGAGGAAACAUUCACAGACUGGUGCAGCACAGACUAAAGGGGGAUGGGUUGUUGUUAGCCCAUCUAUAUGCUGUGCCCAUAGAGAAAGGGUUGGAUGCACAGAGCUUCAAAUGUGCAGGAUGCCCUAAGCAGAUUGGUGUUUCCCUCGGGAAAGCCAGACUCUGUGAGUUUACAGGACAAUAUUUCUGUGACUCAUGUCACCUUGGUGACACCAGCAUCAUUCCAUCCCGCAUGGUGCACAAUUGGGACCUCAGUCUACGAGAGAUUUCCAGACAGGCCCUAAAGAUGCUAACACAGAUUGAGCAUGAACCACUGCUGCACCUUGACCUGUUGAACUCUAACUUGUGGGACCACACUGAGGACAUGAUCCAGGCCCGAAACCUCCGUCAGAAACUGCGCCUCCUGGGAGAUUACGUUCUCAUCUGCCGCAGUGGAGUUGGCAAGAAAGUCAAGGCUAGACUGGAUCAACGCACUUAUCUGUUAGAAUCAAGUCAUCUUUACAGUGUCUUGGACUUACAACAGAUAGCCGAUGGCCAGUAUGCUGCCUACCUGAACACCCUGAUCCAGUUUGCGUCUAGCCAUGUUCACCAAUGUGACCUGUGCACCCAGAGAGGAUUCAUCUGUCAAAUAUGUCAAGCCAAUGACAUCAUCUUCCCCUUUCAGUUUGAGACCACAGUCCGGUGUAUGGUGUGCAAGGCUGUCUUUCACACUGCUUGCAAGACCCAGUCACUCUCGUGUCCGCGAUGCUUGCGUCUUCAGAAGUACCUGGAAAGAGAUCUGAAGGACUGACACACUGAGCUGUGUUCUGUCACAAGGCCCCGUCUACCUUAAAACAACAGCAAGUGCAAAACAACAAGAAAAUGUUAGUCAUAUUAUAAUCCUUGUUCAUGUUAUAUGAACUAAUCCCAAGUGCCAUUAAAGUCAUGAAUGAGUCGGGGCCACCCACGCUUGCACCCAAUGUUUGUUUCAAAGUCUAAUAUAGAAAAAAGGGACGUUUCAUUUCCUACAUUUCUGUAGUGGUCAACUCACUAAACUUUUUAAAAGCCAAUUAAUAAAAAAGCCUAUCAAUCAAAAGACGGACAAGAAGAUUUAUCUAGUUCAUACACAAAUCAAAUAUUUUAGACACAAAUAUACAUUAUUGUGUAGCAUGCAAGAAGUUUGUUUUGGUUUCAUGUUUACAGUACCCACUCGCCUUACACCUUGUUGGGAGCUUAAGGGGGGGGGGGGACAAGUAUCUUUUAAAACCUGAAUGUUUACUUGGUUUGACCUGACCUACAAGAUCCAUAUAAACACUUGCAAAACAAACUACUUGAAACUGUUACAUUUACAGAUCCUGAUUAUAUUGUGCCUUUAGUUACUUUGAUGUUACCGUCAAGAUUACUGUCAAUUGUAGAAUUGUGGUGCAAUGGAAACUGUGCCAAACAGCAAUAAGAAAUGGUGAUAGCUUUUCAAUGUCUCAACAAAAUACAUUUUAGUUACAGAAGUGAGUCGCAUUAUAUUUCCACAGUGUGAAAAUAUAUAUUUAUAUAUAAAAAAAAAAUAAACAUCAUUGUUUAAUGUUUAAAAGUAAUCACCAUACUUUUGACUAUAGACAUGUGGACCACUUAAAUGUAAGUUAUUAUUUUAGAAUGAAUUCUUAGAGUUUGACAUCCCAUUUAGUCAAUUAUAAAAAUAAAUUAACACGGAUGUACAUGCAAAUUAUGGUAUGCAGCUAGAGUUGUACAGUAUAGCUGACUGUCAGCAACUCAUAAAUUAAUAGAUACAAGAAAAUUGGGAGCUUAGUCGGUGCAUUGACUGGACAUUUUUCUGUACAUGGCUUUUUAAAUGAUUAUUAUUCCCAUUGUUAGGGUUAGGUUUUUUUGUGGGGGGGGUGGCAUAGUUACACUUAAACACAUUAGCAAGACUGUUAAUAUAUGUAGUGAGGUCAGCAAGACCACACGGAGCCAACAUCUUGCCACACCUGAAAAGUGAUUCAAUCACAUCAGACAAACCUAAUCAGCCCUCGUGACACCCUCAGUAUGCUGAUUACCCACCAAACGCCAAUGCAAAGGAACUAUAGAAUUGGGGGAGGCCCUCCCCAAUCUACCUAAUCAGCCCUCCUGCUAGCUUGCAAGCUUCAAAGGGCCUACUGGAGACGACACGUCUCCAGCAACCAUUUGCUAUCCGUUUCGGCGGCGAUUUGAACAAAGAACAUACCAUGAUCAGAACUUUUGAGGAAAGUUCUUGAGACUUCACCUUUACCACAAGAGUAUAAGGUGUAGAAUUAUGAGAGGGAUAUUUGUGUCAUGUUUGUUACUUUGUUUUAAUGUUGUGUUCACUGAAAUCUUGAUUCUAGUAACAACUCCUUCUUCCUGAAAGAUAACCACGUCAUUCUUGGUAUCUACACGAAGCUAUCAUAAUAAAACAAUCAUUCAACUAUAUUUUGUAACUGUACCAAGAUGUCCAGAAAAAUAUUUGAACAAUCAUAUGAACCAGCCAGAGAUCAGAUCACACCUUUGGUAGGUGUGAAGGAAGGAGGGGGGAGUUGAGAACCCAGCUUCCCCCAACCAACAUCUGACCCCAAACAGGUCCUCCCUCGAACUCUGAACUGUAUGAAGCCCUAAGAUGACCAUCAAUCUCAGACUCCAGCGAAAACCAACCAUGGCAUGAACGCCAUCAGGAUUGGCGUUCCAAAGGACGUCGCCAAGCUUCUCCUGAGAUUCAACUUCAUAGUGAUCGCGACACUAUCUGGAUGUUUCAACAGAAGAACCAACAACGCAAUUCUAAUUGCGACUUCACUGAGAUCCCACAGACUAAGUCACAUGACCCAGCGCAGCCGCGCUUUGACUUCAGAUUCUUCAAAUGGACCUUUGGCGCAAACCGCCCUCAACCUCAUUGAUCAACCCCUGAUCAAACAUAUAUUACUAGAAUUGGAUUUUAUUUACAAGACUCAAAUGAAGCCUAUUCUGAUUAUUAGACUCAAUCGUGGACAUGGGACCUGAUUUAAUUCUCCUAACAUGCUGUAACCGCUUAGCUUCCAUGGUAUUGCAUUUAUGAUGGUUGAAUAGGUACCUAGCUGUUACUUAGAUCUCCUCAUGUCAGAUCAGUGAUAUAUACCCAUGGAAAUACAAAAUGUUGUAUUUCAUGUGACCGGGGCCUAGAUUAGUUUAGGCUGGGAUAUAAUUUUUCUGUGAGACGGACCAUAACCAUACAGAAGAUAAUUUCCAUUCAAGAUUUCACUCAUGUUAUUCCUCUUUGUUUUAAAUUGAAUGUGCAUGUUAAGAUUAUGAAGGGGUACUUGAAUAAAAUGCCUGUAUUUUAUUAAGUCAUUUGCAUUCAAUAAACGACACUUAAUAGAUCAACAGAUUACAAGGGGUAUAUGAAAACAGUUCCACCAUAUGUAUUUUGGGGGGGGUUUCUACCUGUAGGUGGUGUGAGGUCUUUGUUCUUCUCUUUUUUAAGACAAACACUUCAUAUGUAAAUAAAUAAACAGACAUUUCUAUGUUCUAAUCGAUAUAGAUU